ACCGUAAACUCAACACAAAUAAAUUCUUUUUGACCAACGUCGUUCCGAUCCUGGUCUUCACAUUCCAAAUACAACAACAACAUGACCAACAACGAGACAGCAGCCAGCAAUGGCACAACUAAUCAGCCCGUAGUCUGUGUAUUCUGCGGUGCGUCAGAGGGCACAUCGCCUGUCCACAUGGAAGCCGCCCGUAACCUCGCAAAAGCCCUCCAUAAAGCAAACAUCAAGCUUGUGUACGGCGGCGGUACCGUCGGCCUCAUGGGCGAGGUAGCCCGCACUCUCGUUUCACUCUCCGGCCCCGACUCAGUCCACGGCAUUAUCCCCGCCGCCCUGACCAGACUGGAGCAAAAUCAUGACCCCGCCAAUCCCUCUGGACACUCUAUUGACCACACCAUAUACGGUCGUACAACUGUCGUCAAGGAUAUGCAUACGAGAAAGCAGAUGAUGGCACAGGAAGUCAUCAAGGGCGGUCCUGGCGGUGGUUUUGUUGCCUUGUCAGGGGGCUACGGCACAUUCGAGGAAUUGAUGGAGGUUACUACCUGGAAUCAGCUGGGCAUUCACAACAUGCCUGUCAUCGUAUUCAAUGUUGACGGAUACUGGACUGGACUGAUUGAAUGGGUCAAGAACGCUGUAACUAGCGGCUUCAUUGCGCCUACUAAUGCCGGGAUCCUGUCUGAGGCUCUGAGCGCCGAAGAAGUGGUGACUUGUCUGAAUGAGUACGAGAGUGCACCUGGGCGCUUCAACUUGACAUGGGAAGAGAACUGAAUGGAUAUGGAUUUGAUGUGUAUGUGUGUUCUGCGAGCAUAAAUGACAGGUAUCUAGAGUAAUAUAACGAAUGUAGACGACUCCUCUAUAUUGCUAUCGAUUUAUCGAAUACGAGUUUUUUAGAGCCCGGGCUCCGUCCACGA